AUGCUCAUCUCAACAUUUGUUACGGCACUCUCCGGCCUUGCAGCCUCCAUGUCGACAUCUGCCGGUCAGUGGAAGCCAGUGUCCACGUACACUCCCUUUGUGCGAUCGGGCGCAACACCCAGUAUCACACAUCCGCCAUACACACGGACUGACGCCCCGGUCCUGACAACGCGGGUGACUACGAUUGUGGAAACUGUUGGAUCGGAACCGACGACGAUGGCGACUGGACCGGCGAAGCCGAAGGGCUCGGAGUAUUAUACCACUACAGUUGCCUACGGAACAUAUGGUGUAAUCACCGUCAGCGGGACACCGCCGGCCCCGCCGUCCUUCAAAGAGAGCUUAUCCUUGACCUACCACCCAGCCGCCGCUACCUCCAACAGAACAGCACCAGCCACCCCAACCAGCACCAAUCCCCUUGCCAACCUCGACCCCAACCGCCCCACCAAAGGCCUCGUCUUCGCCAUCCAACGCUACGCCGACGCAAACUGCGACCAACCCAUCGGCCCCCGCUUCGCCUACGACGGCAGCCAAGACAACUCCUGCUUCUUCUCCCACGGCUCCUGCCGCGGCUCCUGCGGCUACCUCUCCCAAGACACCCCCUCCAGCCCCGAAGUCUGGAAACACGCCAAGCAACAACUCUCGGCCAAAAAACUCGAACAACACGACUUCGCCUCCUGGAACUACCGUCUCGUCUCCUGGGACGAUGUCUGGAACAAAAACAACAAGUGGAAACCAGCCUACGGACACAUGAGGCAUAAGCAUAAGAAGUGGAUGUUUCCCGAGAGUAAUAAUGAGGGCACCGCGGUGUGUGAUGCCGUUUUUUGGGAGCAGAGGGAUUGUAGGGAUAAUAGUCCGAGGCCCGAGAGUGGGCAGGUUAUGAGGUGGCAGCCGAGGAAUUUGAGAGAGGAUGAGGGGAGGUGUAUGAAUGGGUUUAAGAAUGGGAGGGGGGUGCCGGCUAUGGCGGCGAGUUUUAGGAUUAGGUGUUAUGCUUGA